UGAAUCUACUUGUUUCCAUCCUAAAGAGGUUAAUUAGCUUUUUCCGGCAACGUUUCACAAUGAAACAUAAGUAUAUAAAUAUAAUACAACAUUUGUGCUUUUAUUGUUCACUUCCUCGUACAUCAUUUCUACGAUAUAUCACAUGACCCAUGGAAUGAAUUUUAAUUAUGGAUUCCAAAUGUAGCGCACAAGAUGUUUUGCGAUGUGAUCUUUGUAAAACUCCUCUUCCUUCAAUGCACUGUGACUUCUGUCAUGUCAAACUCUGUAAGACCUGUGUAGGAGAGCAUCUCUCUGAUUUAUCUAAAGAACAUAAAGUGGUCAGAUUUAAGGAUCGAGGAUCAACACUUAUCUUUCCUGAGUGCACAAUUCAUAUAAAACAUCAUUGUCAACUUUUUUGUGAAGACUGUAACUGCCCUGCGUGUUCGUUUUGCCUUUCGUCCAACUCCCACAAAGGCCACACGUUGAAACAUUUUUUGGAAAUAUUGAAAUCCAGGCAAAAGGACAUUGAUACAGAUAUCAAAGAAUUAGAAGAUUCCAUAUGCCCUAUAUAUGAAGAAAUUUCGAUCAACAUCGUAAAAGAAAAACAAAGCGCAGAAAAUCACUACAAAAAAUUAACAUUAGAUGUCACUAAGCAAGGAGCAGAGUGGCAUAAAGUGAUUGACAUAGUUGAGAAAAAUAAAAUAUCAAACAUCGAAGAAAUGAAGCAGAAGCACCUGGAAGCUCUCAAGGAAAAAGAAUCCGAAAUUAAUCGGAACAUUUCUAAAGCAAAGCAAUUUAUUCUAGAUCUGAAGAAAAUGCUAGAUUCUAAUGACAUUUCCUUAGUAACUACAUACAAAUCCAGCAAUGCUGUCUUCAGGACAUUGCCUCCUAAAGUUACAGCAGCUGUACCAAGUUUCUCUUUUGAGAAAGUCAACAAGGAAUUAAUUUCGGACCUGUUUGGUUCUCUUUCGACCUUAUCCUUUAUUAAAGAAGAGCGUGCCUCUACAAUGAAAACGCCAGAAGCUGAAUCCUGUCCUCCUGUCAAACCACUGCUUGAUGAACCAGAGGUCAUUAACAUCAUAGACACUGGGUAUAAAUAUCUUAAUAGUGUUACCUGCCUGGGUGAUGAAGAAAUUUGGACUUGUGGAAACAGCAAAGUCAUGAAACUCUACAACCUACAGGGCAAAUUACUGAAGUCAAUUCAAACCAAGUCAAAGAUCCCUCCUCGGGAAAUAGCAGUUACAGAAUAUGGAGAACUUGUCUACACCGAUGAAGUCACAAGAACUGUUAACUUAGUGAAAAAUAAGCAAAUAGAAGAGCUUAUUAGAUUAAUGGGAUGGAUUCCAGAAAAUGUUUGUGUUGAUGCUUCUGGCGACCUUCUUGUUACUAUGGCUAGUGAUACAGAAUCAAAAAUUGUACGUUAUUUCGGCUCUUCAGUAAAACAAACUAUUCAGUAUAAUCAUAAGGGCAAACCUUUGUUUCCAUCUGGCAGUAUCAAAUACAUUGCUGAGAACAGAAAUCUAGAUGUAUGUGUUGCUGACAUUGCAACUGGUGCAGUAGUAGUCGUCAAUCAGUUUGGAAAACUACGAUUUAGGUAUACUGGCCACCCAUCAUAUGGCAAGGGACCAUUUUAUCCUCAUGGCAUCGCUACAGACAGCCGAAGUCAGAUUCUGACGGCUGAUUCAAAUAACCACUGCGUGCAUAUCUUGGAUAAAAACGGGAAGUUCCUUCGGUACAUUGAUAACUGUGAUCUAAGCAACCCGUGGGCGUUAUGCGUUAAUUCAAAAGAUAACCUCUUUGUGGCGGAGCAAUACAGUGGUAAAGUGAAGCAAAUUAAAUACAUGCAAGACGGUUGACAGGUUACAUUAAACGAUAGUUUUAACUUACCUCCGCUCUGUUUCAUUGUCAAUAGUUAUAACAACAGCUAGAGAUAUAUUAUAUAUCUCUGCAACAGCUAAACAACGCGAAAUGUAAACAAGUGGCCCAUUGGCCACAUUGCUCACCUGAGUAGCUUUGACCAUUCUGUUCUUUAUCAGAUUCCUUCCUUGUCAUACAUAUUGUGACCCCAUCCUACCCCAGGGGUCAUAAUUUGGACAAUUUAAAAUCUAAACUAUCCCGGGAUGCUUCCGCAUAAGUUUUAGCUUGUUUAGCCCAGUAGUUCUUGAGAAGAAGAUUUUAAAAGAAUUUUCCUAUAUAGUUUAGUGUAAAACUUGGGCCUCCUACUGUGCCCCGCCCUACACCCGUGGGCCAUGCUUUGAACAAUAUAAGAUCUACACUCCCAAAGAAUGAUUCCACAUAUGUAAGUCUCAGCUUUUCUGGCCAAGUGGUUCUUGAGAAGAAAUUCAAAUUUUUCAAAUAUAUUUUUCAAUGUAAAACUUCGGUUCCCUAUCGUGGCCAUGCCCCACCCCUGGGAGUCAUGAUUUGAACAAUUUAGGAUCUACACUACCCCAAGAUGUUUCUACAUAUAAGUUUCAGCUUUUCUGGCCCAGUGGUUCCAGAGAAGAAGAUUUUUUCCUAUAUUUUUUCUAUGAAAGACUUUGAUUCCCUAUUGCGGCCCCAACCAACCCCGGAGGUCAUUGUUUGGACAGUUUAGAAUCUACACUACCCCAAGAUGCUUCCACAUAAGUUUCAGCUUUUCUAGCCCAGUGGUUCUUGAAAAAGAUUUUUUAAUGACCCCACCCUAUCUUUGUCUUUUUUUAUUAUUUCCCCUUAUGAGGGGACUUGGCCCUUAAUUUUAACAAUUUGAAUUUCCCUUCACCAAAUGGUGGUUUGUUCCAAGAUUGGGUAAAAUUGGUCCAGUGGUUCUUGAGAUGAAGUCGAAAAUGUGAAAAAGUUUACAGACGGACGGACGACGGACAAAAUGUAAUCAGAAAAGCUCACUGAUUAAUAAAAAGUUUGUGAUGAAUGUUUUAUAUGUUGGGUAAAAAAAACAGGUAAAAGAUGAAAUAACAACUGUACAAAAAUUAUCAACUUAUAUAAAUAUUACAUAUGAUCGUUUGAACUUCUGUCCUUUCAUCGUUCUUGUUAAAACUAUGCGCAUGGUGUACCUUCCAGAACAUGUCCCUUCGGAGUCUGAUUUAAAGAUUCUGACAAUAACUAAUCAUCAGCUUAUAGUGAUAUA